CAGUGGGAUCAGUGGUGAAAAUGUGUGACGUUCAGUUUGCAAAAUACAGUUUCUGCUGUUGAACUAUUUACUAAAUUAAGAUUUGAGUUUAAAGACACAAAAUUCAAUCAAACCAAAAAGCUCUGCACAUUUUUAGCUCAUCUUGUGAUGUAUUUAAAUUUAAGCACAAACUGUUUACACAGAAAAUGUUUUGGCUCUUUUGGAUUAAAUAUUAUUAGAACAAUAACCAGUGCCCAGAUAGCAACAGCACUGAGACCAUUCUACUUUGUGGUUCAUCCUGAUUUAUUUGGCAGGCAUCCAGAAGAAAGGUCGACAAAUGAGGAAUCGCUGAAACAUCUAAGCGCCCAUUUAGAAGCAUUACAGAACCAAAGAGUAUCAUCGUCGUCGCCACGCAUUUUAUCGUUUUAUUUAAGAGAUUCAAAUCGGAAAGAUAAAUUCAAACUCAUCCGGAUACACAUCGAGCAAACGUCGGACGUAAAAUUUUUUAUAAAGAAAAUCCUGGAAAGCUGCAGCCUGUCCACGGACUAUGUGAAUAAAAUCAAAAGUGCACCGAUUAAGAAAACUACGAAUGUUUUUACUGGUGGUGGGGACACCUUUCACGGAGCGUCACCAUUCGCCGAUGAGUACGAAUAUUAUCAGCGAAUUAAAAAGACCCGACAAGAGAAAACGUUGAAAGGAUGGCUGCAAGCAAACCUAAGUCUAGCGCAUGAGAGAUCUGAUAGUCUGGCAGAUUUGAGGGAAGAUGUUGAAAGAUUGGAGAAAUCGUUAUCACGACGUUUGAAGCUGAAGAGUAUUCAAUACGACUGCGGCUGGAAUGUUGAACAUUAUCGCGGAUGUUUGAAGAGUUUAGAACGUUUAGCCAAUAUGCAUGAAAAGGAGUUGAAGCAACUGGAAGAUCGAAACCUGGUAUUCGCACUAAUAUCAGGCGUUAGUCUGGAAGGCGACGUCAUGUUGUUUACGGGAGAUGUGCAAAGGAAUUGGUUAGACUUUAUCAAAAACAUUUCCAAGCAAGAUGACUACUUGAAACUCAUACCGUCCUAUGAGUCUGCGUUAUCGCAAGUUUUACGCGAAAUUCGAAUUGCUCGUCGAAAGUUUAUGCCUAAAGCUCAAGUAGUUCAUUAUGCUUCGCAACUAACCAAAGUUACAACGUCCAUGUUGGAUUAUUUAACAUUUCACAAAUAUCCCAAAUCCUGGCCAGACACUUUGAAAGACUUUGAAAUUGUGAUUGAAUCUGAAGCCGGACCGUUGAUGGUCAGCCCUACUGGUCAGUUCAUUGCGCCGAGUACGUGUCCCGGUUCGAUACUCGUUGAUUUCCUAUCAACACAUAUGGACGAAGCGACGCAGAAAAUGGAGGAAUAUAAAACGAACAAGUACAUCGAAAGAGAAUUGCAUCAGCAAUGCGUUAGCGAGUUGCAUCUCAAGACAUUGACCAAAGACGAUUCAAUCGACCCGAAUAAAAUGAUCGAAUGCUUGAAGAAUCUAAUCAAAGCACAGGUGGAAUGCAGUAACGUUAUCCUACACAUAACUCACUAUUACUCAGUGCUUGCUGAUGGCACGGUUUGUAUACCGUGGGAUUGGACGUUGGAAUGAACGUUAACUAACCGGAAAUACCGUUAGACAUUUAGAGAGAGAUUUUAUUUUUGUUAAGAAUAUUUACUGAUGUGUUGUCGUGAACACAUCGUCAAUUUAUUUUUAUAUCAAUCGGUUAAACGACGUGCCCAUUUUAGAUGUAGAUUUAUGACGAAUGAAGUUUGUUCUGAUGGGAAUCUCUUUUCACGAUUGGUUAAUUCAGAUCGGAAGCUAACUAACAUUUGAGGUACAUCAUCGCCAUCGUGUAUUGACCAUAGUUUGCCUUAUUGUUCGAUUAAUCAAUAAAUGUAAAUUUUAGACCUGUGCUCCUCUGCUGAGUCCCUCGUAAAACCACUGGUCAACGCCAUUGCCAAAUUGUUACAUUACCCGAUACGAAAAACAUUUUUGUUCUACGACGUGUACCUAUGAGCCCAAAGAACGACCCAAAAAUACUGUAAGCCAUACGCGCCAUUGUUUCGACAGGGCACGAGUUUACUUUUAGGCAAUCAGAGUACCUCGUACAAAGAAAAUUUGUAAUUAUUUGACAUCUCGUUGGGAGCAUCCAUCCCAUCUGACCGUAGAAGUCGACGUACUUGCCAUACAUGUUUAUUAUCCGUGAAGCGUUGAUGUAAUCAAAAGUUUGUUUAGCUCUCAGCCGAGAAGAUAUCCGAUCAUAUUAUUUCACUUGCAAUACAGUUCACAGUGUGAAGUGGUAAAUUGUAAGGAAAUAAAGUAGAUCAACAGAUCAAAACCAAGAAAAAAAUGGUUCUAACCGCCGUGAGUUUGAAAAUUACAUUUAAAAUUUGGGCAUGCGAUUAAUCUGAUUAUCGAUCUUUGUGUGAUGCAUUUAGACAGUGAAUAUAUUUACCUUUUAUUGUGCCAUCGAACACAUCCAGUGUCAAUUACAAACGACAAUAAAACAAUUGUUAAAAACUA